UAUGGUAAUCUGACGCCGAACUUUUUUAUAACACUUGAGAGAUCCUAUGAAAGUUCAGGUAACGUGUUUAUAGGCUUUUGUUAUUUUUAGAAAGACACUUUUUUAGAAAAACGCCCUUCUACGGAAAUUUAGUUUUGUCUGUUUCUGCAGAAACUGUUUUGCAGAAACAGGCCUAGAUUGAAAUUAUCUACAUCUGAUAUCCUUGUGAGUCAUGAAGGGAAUGAUGAAAUUCCAGCAACCAACUGAAGCACCGACAAUGAUUGUGCCAACCAGGGUUUUCCAGUUUAAAUGUUUCACAGGCACAGCCCUUCCUGGCGCAACUAGGAGGAAGAUGAUUCAGUGUGAAGAAGUGCUCGAUCAACUCACUUACCGUGUCUCAGGAGAUUGGCGUUUACAAUUAAUUGUUUUGCUUUUGUGUAGCCAGGGCAUAAUUGUCGUUUUUCAAGCCUAACCCAUGUGUUUGCAGUAGAAAUUUAGAUACAAUUUGCGAUUUGUAAUUUAUUUUUCAACUGAUUGCUUGUGACAGUGCUAGAGGACUAUGAUGAGUGUCGUGCAGGAGCUCCCCACAGAGCCAUCAGUGAAGACUACGGGCAGGAUGGAGACUAACACAAGCCUGGACAUCAACACAAUGUUCUACAACUCCUCUGUCACCCAAGGAAACAGAACUUUCCUGGACUCUGAGUUCCGCUACACGCUGUUUCCUGUGUUUUAUGGCAUAGUGUUCAUCCUUGGCCUGCUAGCCAAUUGUUAUGCGCUGUUCAUAUUGCGGAGGCUUCGCCACUCCAAAACCAUGAGCGAGAUCUGCAUCUACAUGAUCAACCUGACCAUGGCUGACCUUCUCUUCGUCUGUGCUCUGCCCUUCUGGAUUGGUUACUACAGUCGUGGUGGUGACUGGAUCUACUCUGACUUCAUGUGCCGCGUGGCGGGCUUGCUGUUCUUCAUCAACACCUACUGCUCCAUCCUCUUCCUCGCCGCCAUCAGCGUCAACCGCUAUUGGGCCAUCAGCCGUCCGCUGGCCGCUGCUUCAACUGAACACCGGCGCCGUGGCAUCAUCGUAUCGACGCUCUUGUGGGGGGUGACCCUGGCCACGUCGGUCCAGUACCUGGUGUCCCCAGGCCUGCAGGUAGACAAGGACAACGUGUCCCGCUGUUUUGAGGGCUACACGCAUGAGGAAGAUGACGACAAAAGGGUUAUUGCUACAACCCACAUCCUGAUCAUCGCUCUCUUCUUCCUUGUCUUCCUGCUGGUGGUGAUCUGUAACGUUCUGAUCGCCCACGCCCUCCUGGCACAGUCCCCCAGCCAGCCUGCUGUCCCGUCCUGCAGGUCUAGGGGUGAUCCUGGAGCGUCCAUGAGGGCGUCCCGUCGCCCCCGUGGGGUGAAGAAGCAGGCGCUGCAGAUGCUGUGUGCGGUGGUGGGGGUGUUUGUGCUGUGCUUCCUUCCCCACCAUGUGGUCCAGCUCCCCUGGGUGCUGGCAGUGCUGGAGAUCAGGGAGGGAUGGGGCAGCCAGGGGUGGGAGCAGGACACCAGGCAGUACCUCAAUGACCUCCACCAGGUUACCCUCCUCCUCAUGGGCCUGAACUGCAUUGUGGACCCUGUAGUCUACUGCUUUGCCACCAAUAAAUUCCGUUCUUACAUCAAAGCCCACCUGAAGAAAAUGAGGAAAGGAGAUGCUGGCUUCCAAACAGGCACUACCCAGAUAUCCAUGGAUAGCAAGUACCAGAGCCAGAGGCAUGGUGAACAACAGCAACUCCAGGGUUACACAGCCAACAUGGCUGACGAGAGCUGAAAUAAAGUUGUUUUAUUUAUAAGUCACUUCUUGGAAGUACAUUUUUGGGUGGACACACUGGUGAGAUGGCAUUCCAAAGCAGUGUUUCCUUGUUCCACUAUUAUUCUGAUAUAUUGGUUACUGUAAACAGUGCAGUGGAGUGCAUUGCUGAGGUCGGAUGUCAGAAAAGGACAUUGCAUGUCGUUGUGAAACAUGUGAAAGCCAGAAACAUGAGGAAGUACAUUUGUUUAGCAAUAGUCCCUAGCCUGAACUGAGUGUGUAAUUACUCUACUCCCUGUGCUGUAUAUACCACAAAUACUCUGUAAAAAUUACAGUUAUGUUGUCCACCCAGGGUAUUGUAGCCUCUGCGUUGAGGAAGUUCUGCUGCCCUGUACAUUUGAAAGGCAUGAUCAGGGGCGCUGUAAGGGGGGGAGGGGGGGGGUUGGACGAUUAGGAGAAUUCUAAGGGCCCUGGUCAGAUAGGGGCCCAGCAGACCCCUUUACUUUCCUGUAUGAUUCAGAUUUUGGGGCCCGCUGUACAAAUUAGCCAGGGGGCCCAGAGAUCUAGUGACACCUCCUGGACAUUAUACAUGACAUUACAUCCUUAGUUACAUUGCUUCAUGUAGCAGACACUUUUAUUCAAAGCCAACAACAAAAAGUGAAUUUAGGAGGAGCAGCAGAUAAUCAUAUAAAAGAGUAGAAAGCACGUUUCAAAUAUAUAUGUGAUA